AUGACGCGCCGAACCCGAAACAGCGCUGCAUUCCAAUUGUAUACGCCCGAACAGCGCGUGCGCCGCGACAAUUCGCGCUGGACGCUGGUGCAGGGCAUACUCGCGCCCGUUCAGUUCGCUGUCUUCGCGGUCAGCCUGAUCCUCAUCCUUCGCUAUCUUUGGACGGGCGAGGGGCUUUGGGCCGCCGAUGUAUCGAUCAUCGUCAAGACGAUGGUGCUCUACGCCAUCAUGAUCACCGGCGCGAUCUGGGAGAAGGUCGUAUUCGGCCGCUAUCUGUUCGCGCCGGCCUUCUUCUGGGAAGAUGUGUUUUCCAUGGCGGUUCUGGCGCUGCACACCGCCUAUCUGAUUGCCACGCUGGGCGGUCUGCUGGCCCCGGUGCCGCUGAUGGCGCUCGCGCUGACGGCCUAUGCCGCCUAUGUGAUCAACGCGGCACAAUUUGUGUGGAAGCUGCGUCAGGCUCGGCUCGGCGACCCGAGAAUUCAGGCGGGCAAGCCGGGCGGCGUGCCGAUGGGGGCGGCGUCAUGCGCCGCCGGCUGCACCGACGUUGCGCCAAUCAAGCAGCGCGGCCAGCAUGAAGUCUUCUGUGGGCUGACCUCGAUCAUCUGGCUGCACCGCAAGGUGCAGGACGCCUUCUUCCUGAUCGUCGGCUCGCGCACCUGCGCCCAUCUGAUGCAGUCGGCGGCAGGCGUCAUGAUCUUCGCCGAGCCGCGAUUCGGCACCGCGAUCAUCGACGAUCGCGACCUGUCCGGCAUGGCCGACAUGUAUGAGGAACUCGACAAGGUCGUCGAUCGGCUGAUCGCGCGGCGGCCCGAUAUCCGCAUGCUCGUGCUUGUGGGCUCGUGCCCGUCCGAGGUGAUCAAGCUCGAUCUGGGCCGCGCCGCGCAAAAGCUCAAUGCGCGCAUGGCGCCCCAUGUGCGGGUCCUGUCCUAUUCGGGUUCCGGCAUCGAAACGACCUUCACCCAGGGCGAGGACAAUUUCCUGCAUGCGCUGGUCGAGGCGACGCCGAAGGCCGCGCCGGACGCUCCGCGCCAGUUGCUGGUUGCCGGGUGCCUCGCCGAUGUCGUCGAGGACCAGUUCACGCGCAUCUUCAACGGUCUUGGCAUCGACAAUGUGCAUUUCCUGCCGGCGCGUGCGGCUGGCGAGGUUCCGCCGAUCGGCGCCAAUACGACCGUGCUGAUGGCACAGCCCUAUCUGACCGAGACCGCCAAGCUGCUGGCCCGCAGGGGCGCCGACGUCUUGAUCGCGCCGUUUCCGCUGGGCGAAGAGGGCACGACCGCCUGGCUCAGGGCGGCGGCGGACGCGUUCGACGUGCCGGGCGACCGGUUCGAUGCGAUCACCGGUGCCGGCCGUGAGCGCGCCGCCAAGGCGGUCUCGCUCUAUCGUGAACGGCUCGAAGGCAAGCGCGUCUUCUUCUUCCCCGACAGCCAGAUGGAGCCGUCGCUGGCGCGUUUCCUGUCGCGCGAGGCCGGCGCCGACAUCCUCGAAGUGGGCACGCCCUAUCUGAACAAGGCCCACAUGGCGCCCGAUCUGGCGCUGCUGCCCGAUACGGUGCGGCUUGCCGAGGGGCAGGAUGUCGACAAGCAGAUCGACCGCUGCCGCGCCGACGAUCCCGAUUUGAUCAUUUGCGGCAUGGGUCUUGGCAAUCCGUUCGAGGCCGAGGGCCGCACCACCAAAUGGUCGAUCGAAUUUGCCUUCACGCCGAUCCAGGGCUACGAGCAGGCGGGCGAUCUGGCCGAACUGUUUGCCCGGCCGAUCCGCCGCCGCGAUCUCCUUCAGGUGGAGGGGCUGCAUUACGUUCUGCACGCGCCGCAGGGCGACACCUAUGCCGAUCUUCUGUUCACGAUGAUCGAGCGGCGCAAGGAGCGCCCGCCGGUCACCUACACGACCUUCCAGGCGCGCGAUCUGGGCGCCGACACCGCCGAGAUUUUCAAGACCGCCUGCAGGGAGGCCGUCGAGCGGUUCGACCCGCAGGCGAUCAUCGUCGGCGCAUCGUGCACGGCCGAACUGAUCCAGGACGAUCCGGGCGGGCUCGCCAAGACGCUCGACCUGAACGUCCCGGUGAUCCCGCUCGAACUGCCGUCCUACCAGAAGAAGGAAAACUGGGGCGCGGCGGAAACCUUCUUCCAGCUCGUGCGCGGGCUGGCCGGCGGGCGUACGCCCGAACCAAAGCCCGAAGGCGCGCCGAAGUCGUGCAACAUUUUGGGGCCGACCGCGCUCGGCUUCCGCCAUCGCGACGAUGUCACCGAGAUCACGCGGCUUUUGGGUGCGCUGGGCGUUGCGGUCAAUGUGGUCGCGCCGAUGGGCGCGACGCCGCACGAUCUGACCCGGCUGCCGAACGCCGACUUCAACGUCGUGCUCUAUCCCGAAAUCGCCGGAACAGCGGCGCAAUGGCUCAAGCGGACCUAUCGGCAGCCCGUCGUCGAGACGGUGCCGAUGGGCGUCAACGCGACUCGCGAAUUCGUCCGCGAGGUGGCCGCGCUUACCGACACCGAUCCCGAGCCGGUGAUCGCCGAGGCGGACGAACGGUUUUCCUGGUACUCGCGGUCGAUCGAUUCCAACUAUCUGACGGGCAAGCGGGUCUUCAUCUUCGGCGAUGCCACCCAUGCGAUUGCCGCCGCCCGGGUUGCCGAACACGAGUUGGGCUUCAAGGUCUGCGGACUUGGCACAUACAGCCGCGAGUUCGCCCGCGACGUUCGCGCUGCGGCUCAGCAGUACGGUGUCGAAGCGCUCAUCACCGACGACCAUCUGGAGGUCGAGGACGCGAUCGUUGCCGCCCAGCCCGAGCUGGUGCUCGGCACGCAGAUGGAACGGCACAUCGCCAAGCGCCUGAGGAUCGGCUGCGCAGUGAUCUCGGCGCCCGUCCAUGUUCAGGAUUUCCCGGCGCGCUAUUCGCCCUUCAUGGGGUUCGAGGGUGCGAACGUGAUGUUCGACAGUUUCGUGCACCCGCUGGUCAUGGGGCUGGAAGAGCAUCUGCUGGGCAUGUUCCGCGAGGACUUCGAAUUCAACGACGGUGCGCAGGCCUCGCAUCUGGCGGCAUUGCAUGCCGGUGCGAACCAUGAGACCAUCGAGAUACCCGAAGCCCGGACCGCGCCUGAUGAUAAAACGCAGGAUCUUGUGGCGAAUGAAGGCAUGGCGGCGAGCUUCGGGUCCCUGUCCUGGACAAGCGAUGCCGAACAAGAGCUGAGACGCUCUAUGAUGCAAAAGCCCAUUUCGGCCGAUGAGGUCGGUCGGGCCGCCGCAUCACCUGCGGCGACACCGAUCCGGAUCACCAUCGUCACCCUCGACAGCCACAUGGCGUCGACCGUCGAGCGCGCGCGGGCGAUCCUGCGCCGCGAGCUGCCGGGGCUUUCGCUGAGCCUUCAUGCGGUGACCGAAUGGGCGGGCGACGAGGACGCGAUGGCGCGAGCCCGCGAGGACAUCGCGGCCGCCGACAUCGUCAUCGCCAACAUGGUUUUCCUCGAAGACCACAUCAAGAUGAUCCAGCCAUGGCUGGAAGAGGCCCGCGAGACCAACGACGUCAUGGUCGGCACGCUGUCGGCGGCCGAGAUCGUCAAGCUGACCAGGCUCGGCGAGUUCAACAUGGCCAACCCGACCGGCGGCAUGCUGGGCCUGCUCAAGCGCCUGCGCGGCAAGAAGACGAAAUCCGGUUCGGCCGGCGCCGGGCAGAUGAAGAUGCUGCGGCAGAUCCCCAAGCUGCUGCGCUUCAUUCCGGGCAAGGCGCAGGAUGUACGGGCCUACUUCCUGACCAUGCAGUACAUGCUGGCCGGCUCCGACGACAACAUCGCAAACUUGGUCCGGUUCCUGAUAUCGCGCUACGCCAAGGGUCCGCGCGAGGUGCUGCGCACGAUCGUCAAGCCCGCCGAUCCGGCGAUCUAUCCCGAUGUCGGGCUCUACCACCCCAAGCUGAAAGGCCGCGUGACCGACGAUCUGGCCGCCUAUGAGCGCGCCGCGGGCCGCAAGGGCAAGGCCGGCACUGUCGGCCUUCUGGUGAUGCGCUCCUAUGUCCUGGCCGACAACACCGCGCAUUAUGAAGGCGUCAUCGACGCCUUGCAGGCCAAGGGCCUGAAGGUCGUCACCGCGUUCGCCUCCGGGCUCGAUGCGCGGCCGGCAAUCGAAAAAUACUUCAUGAGAGAUGGCCGGGCCGCCGUCGACAGCGUGAUCUCCCUGACCGGAUUCUCGUUGGUCGGCGGUCCGGCCUACAAUGACGCGGUGGCCGCCGAGGAGCUGCUGGGCAGGCUCGACGUGCCCUACAUCUCGGCCUUUGCCAGCGAGUUCCAGAGCCUGCAGCAAUGGGGCGGCGGCGAACAGGGGCUGACGCCGAUCGAGGCGACCAUCAUGGUCUCGCUGCCCGAGAUCGACGGCGCCACCGGACCGAUCCUUUAUGGCGGGCGCAAUGACGGGUCGGGCCCGUGCGCCGGCUGUUCGCGGCGCUGCACCUUCGACAACCGGAUCAAUGGCCGCGACAUGCAGUGCUGCCCCGACCGGGCCGAGAUGCUGGCCGACCGGGUCGCAAAGAUCGUCGCGCUGCGCCGGCGCGCGCGGGCCGACCGCAAGAUCGCCGCGAUCAUCUACAAUUUCCCGCCCAAUGGCGGAGCGACGGGCACGGCUGCCUAUCUGUCGGUCUUCCGCUCGCUGCACAACACGCUCAAGACGCUGAAGGCCGAGGGCUACAGCGUCGAGGUGCCUGAAAGCGCCGACGCGCUGCGUGACAUGAUCCUGGGCGGAAAUGCCGACAGCCACGGCACGCCGGCCAAUGUCGCCGCGCGGAUCGAUGCGGACACCCAUGUGCGGCGCGAGCCGUUCCUCGCCGAGAUCGAGGCGCAGUGGGGCCCGGCGCCGGGCCGGCAGCAGACCGAUGGCCGCGACAUCUUCGUGAUGGGCCACCAUUUCGGCAACGUCUUCGUCGGGGUCCAGCCGGCCUUUGGCUAUGAGGGCGACCCGAUGCGCCUUCUGUUCGAGAAGGGCUUUGCGCCGACCCACGCGUUCGCCGCCUUUUACCGCUAUCUGAAAGACGAUUUUUGUGCCGAUGCCGUGCUGCAUUUCGGCACCCAUGGCGCGCUCGAAUUCAUGCCGGGCAAGCAUGCGGGCCUUUCCGGCGAUUGCUGGUCGGACCGGCUGAUCGGCGAUCUGCCCAAUCUUUAUCUUUAUGCGGCCAACAACCCGUCCGAGGGCGCGAUCGCGCGGCGCCGGUCGGCGGCGACGCUGAUCAGCCAUCUGACGCCACCGGUCGCCCAUGCCGGGCUCUACAAGGGGCUGGCGGAUCUCAAAUCCACCAUCGAUCGCUGGCGUGGGCUUGAGCCGCAGGCGGUCACCGAGCGCAACGAGCUUGCGAUCGCCAUCAAGGCGCAGGCCACCGCGCUCGAUCUGAUGGCCGAGGACGCCGAAUGGGGCGAGGGAGGCCAUGCCGAAAUCCCAAGCCUGAUCAAGGAUUUGGCCGAGUUUGAAGAGACUUUGAUUCCGCAUGGUCUUCAUGUCGUCGGCGAGCCGGUUUCCGACGAUGAACGCCGCGACCUGCUCGAAGCGGUCAAUGUUGCGAUGGGCGAAAACGGCGUGGGCGAUCUGGGCAUCGACGGGGCGCUGGAAGCCUAUCAACAGCAUGGCGGACGGGCAUCCGAAGCGGUGCAGACCCUGGCGCGGCUCGAUCACGAUCUGCGGUCGGACCAUGAACUGCCGGCGCUGGUCCAUGCGCUCGAUGGCGGCUACGUCCACCCCGUGUCAGGCGGUGACAUCGUCCGCUCGCCGGCGAUCGUGCCGACGGGCCGCAACGUGCACGGGUUCGACCCGUUCCGCCUGCCGAGCGCCUAUGCGGUGCAGGACGGGCGCAAGCAGGCCGAAUUGCUGGUCGCGCGCUUUGCCGCCGACAAUGGCGGCGACCUGCCGAAAUCGGUCGCCAUGGUGCUGUGGGGCACCGACAAUCUGAAAUCCGAGGGCGCACCGAUCGCCCAGGCGCUGGCGCUGAUUGGCGCGGUGCCGCGGUUCGACGGGUUCGGCCGGCUGGCUGGCGCCGAUCUGAUACCGCUCGACGAAUUGGGCCGCGCCCGCAUCGACGUUGUGAUGACGCUUUCGGGCAUCUUCCGCGAUCUGAUGCCGCUGCAGACGCGCCUUCUGGCCGAUGCCAGCCUGCAGGCGGCGAUGGCCGACGAACCGCUCGAUCUCAACCCGAUCCGGGCGCAUGCGCUGGCCUAUGCCGAGCAGCACGACUGCGACAUGGAAACCGCGGCGCUGCGGGUCUUCUCCAAUGCGGCCGGCGCCUAUGGCUCGAACGUCAACAUGCUGAUCGAUUCGGGUGCCUGGGAUGAGGAGGACGAGAUCGCCGACACUUAUACGCGCCGCAAGAGCUUCGCAUAUGGCAAGGACGGCAAGCCGGUGCAGCGCGCCGAGAUGCUGGGCACGAUCCUCAAGGAUGUCGACGCGGCCUACCAGAACAUCGAGUCCGUGGAGCUCGGCAUCACCUCGAUCGACCAUUAUUUCGAUACGCUCGGCGGCAUUUCGCGGGCGAUCAGGAAGGCCGGCGGCGGCGACGCGCAGGUCUAUGUGGGCGACCAGACCUCGGGCAAGGGCAAGGUGCGCACGCUCGACGAGCAGGUUUCGCUGGAAACCCGCACGCGCACGCUGAACCCGAAAUUCUACGAGGCGCUGCUCGACCAUGGCUAUGAGGGCGUCCGGCAGAUCGAAAGCCAGGUGACCAACACGCUGGGGUGGUCGGCGACGACCGGCAAGGUCGCACCCUGGGUCUACAAGAACAUCGCCGAAACCUUCGUGCUCGACGCGGAAAUGCGCAGGCGGCUCGCCGAUUUGAACCCGAAGGCCAGCGCCAAGCUGGCCGGGCGGCUGAUCGAGGCGUCGGAGCGCGACUAUUGGCAGCCGGACGAAGAAACCUGGCAGGCCCUGUGCGCGGCCAGCGAAGAGCUGGAAGACCGCGUCGAGGGAAUCAACACCGUGGGAGCCGCCGGCAGGGCGGAAAAGGGCGAGGACGGCGAGGGCAGCGUCCAGGUGCAUCUGGACCCGACCAUGGAGAUCGACGGCGCCAAGGUGUUCGCCAUUUACGGCAAGGGCGGCAUCGGCAAGUCGACGACAUCGUCGAACCUUUCGGUUGCGUUCUCCAAGAUCGGCAAGCGCGUCCUUCAGAUCGGCUGCGAUCCCAAGCACGAUUCCACCUUCACGCUGACCAAGAGCCUGAUCCCGACGGUGAUCGACAUUCUCGAAGAAGUCGACUUCCACCCCGAGGAGCUGCGGCCGGAGGAUUUCGUCUUUGAGGGCUAUAAUGGCGUGCAAUGCGUCGAGGCGGGCGGACCGCCGGCCGGCACCGGCUGCGGCGGCUAUGUGGUCGGCCAGACGGUCAAGCUGUUGAAGGAGCAUCAUCUGCUCGAAGACACCGACGUCGUCAUCUUCGACGUUCUUGGCGAUGUGGUCUGCGGCGGCUUCGCCUCGCCGCUCCAGCAUGCCGAGCGGGCGCUGGUCGUCGCCGCCAACGACUUCGAUUCCAUCUUCGCGAUGAACCGCAUCGUCGCCGCCAUCAAGGCCAAGUCGAAGAAUUACGAUGUCCGGCUCGGCGGCGUGAUCGCCAACCGGUCGCGCGAGACCGACCAGAUCGACCGUUACAACGAUGCGAUCGGCCUCAAGCGCCUGGCGCACAUCCCCGACAGCGACGAGGUGCGCAAAUCGCGCCUGAAGAAGUCGACCCUGUUCGAGAUGGGCGAUCAUCCGGAGAUCAAGGCGAUCCAGGACGAAUAUCUGCAACUGGCCGAACAGCUCUGGGCCGGCACGGACGAAUUGAAGGCCGAGCCGAUGAAGGACCGCGACAUUUUCGAUUUUCUGGGGUUCGACUGA